AUGGCACUCAUGUUCGAGAAAUUAUGUCGUUAUAUUAUUGCGAGUAUGGAUAAUGGAACAGAUCCAAAGGUAUUGCAUUUACCGCUCAUUGCUGGGAAAUUUACCGAUAAUUUGCUGAGUUUAUUUUUAGUUCAUAUCCUAUCAGUGCCUGCCAUUAUUCAACACUUGUCAAGCAUAGCACCUGAGUGCUUAGCAGUACUACAGACACAUGAAGUAUUUAAAAAAAGUUUAAAUAUGCUUUGUUUGGAACAAAAUACGAAAAUAGUAUUCAACUCUCUGGAAGGAAAUUAUGCACUGUGUCUUCUAGCAAAUUUAAUACAACUUGGAAAUAUUGAUUCAGAGGCACUUACAGCCAAUGUUUCAUCCUUCAACAGAGUGGUCGGUUCCCUUUUAUCAAAAUGCCAAAGUUACGUGGCUCAGAAAAAAUCUAAUAAUACGCACUGGCAUCCAGUGUUUGGUUGGUUUUCACAGACAACUGAUCAUAGAUUACAUGAAGCCAUGCCAUUUGUGGUGAAGCAGCUACAGUUAUUAUGGAAUCCAAGAACUGUCAAAUUAUUAUUUAACGACAUACUCAAGCAUUCAUCGAGAGCUUCCAAUGGAUCUCCAGAAAAAAUGGCGGCCAUGUCAUCUCAUUCCAAGGAUAGCUCAUCUGGUCCUAAAAAUAUAAUAUUGAGAAAAUUACAAAGAUCAAGUUCAAAAUCUAGCUCUAGUAGUCAAAAAGGUUGGAGUAUAACUGCACCUGAAGUGAAAACAACAUGUGGGGUGUGUGAACUGUACCAGACGUCACUGAUGACAUUAACUCAACUCAGAAUGGAUAUUUUAACAGGUUUGAGUUAUCAAGAUGUUCUAUUAUCCAACUUAUGGAAAUUUAUCUGGGAGCUUGGCCCGCAUGGACCGCUGAAAUUGUAUACAGAGUUACUUCUAUCUAAUGAAACGCAACCAGUAUUCUCAGUGCUGAUUCUCUUCUGUGAUUGCGCCAGUCAUCUUAUAACUGUGUUAGAUGACUUGGAGUUAUAUGAACAACAACGACCAUUCCAAGUUGAAGACUUAGUUUGCAUGUCAAAAUUCCUCAACGCUUUUAUCUACCGUAUGAUUUGGGAUCACAACAGCAAAUCUAAACAUGGUGGUUUGUUGAAUUCCACGCAUAAUUUAUUAAUGUUACUUUAUGACAGAGACUGCAGACGAUCAUUUACAUCAGAAAACCAUUGGUUAAUAAAAGAAUUGAAACCCAGUGUCUUUAAUUCUGAAUUAGAAAAGGCCAAGAAAAGAGCACAAGUUGUACUUCAGAAGAUACCACAUGUUGUACCACAUAGAGACCGAGUGAUCCUUUUCCGCAAACAAGUAGCCAAUGAGAAUGCAGCUUUGAGUAUUACAGAGUCGGUGAGUGCAUCACCGGCAUCAACAUUAAUAACUGUACACCGAGCAAGAUUACUUGAGGAUGGAUAUCGACAACUGGCUUUACUUCCAGCACAGGCUUUGAAAGGGGUUAUCAGAGUCAGGUUUGUUAACGAGCAGGGUCUAGAUGAGGCCGGUAUUGAUCAGGAUGGCGUCUUUAAAGAAUUCCUGGAAGAAACCAUUAAGACUGUCUUUAAUCCAUCAUUGAAUCUAUUCAGAAUGACCUGCGGAGAGCAGAGAUUGUACCCCAGUCCCACUUCUUAUAUUCAGGACAACCAUCUACAGUUGUUUGAGUUUGUUGGUAGAAUGUUGGGAAAAGCCGUGUAUGAGGGUAUCGUUGUAGAAGUCCCGUUCGCAUCGUUUUUCUUGAGUCAAGUAUUGGGUCAGCAACACAGUGCUUUGUAUAGUCCCAUCGAUGAGCUGCCGUCGCUCGAUCCAGAACUUUAUAAAAGUCUAACAUUUAUAAAGGACACAGGUGAUACCUUGGGAAGCGUACUUCGCGGUUUCUUCACCAUUCGGAAAAAGGACCCAGUCGGCCGUUUGCCCACCUCAUCAACAUGUUUCAAUUUACUGAAAUUACCGAACUACCAGAAAAAGAGCACGCUUCGAGAAAAGCUUAGAUAUUCGAUCACUAGCAACACUGGGUUCGAACUGUCAUAA